AUGGAAUUGACCAUAUCGGCGCCGCCAACAGCGCAACACCAAGCGCACCCGCAAGAGCGCUACCCGCCGUCGUCAGCAGCGCCACGUCAAUCGCGCCAGCAAGAGCGCUAUCCGGCGCCGCCAACAGCGCAACACCAAGCGCACCCACAAGAGCGCUACCCGUCGCCGUCAGCAGCGCAACGACAGGCGUACCGAGAUGCAACACAUCAAGAAGCGAUUUUGGAAGCUAUUGAAGUCAUCGAAAAACGCACUUGUUUGAAAUUCAUCGCUGCUAAUGAAACCUCAAACCAUUAUGUAGCUAUCUCUUCUGAAUCGGGUGGUUGUUAUACGGCCGUCGGUUAUCAAGCUAAAGUACAGACAAUGAACUUGGAAAACUAUCCUGUCGGCGAAGGCUGCUUUCGUCCGGGCACUAUAUUGCACGAAUUCAUGCAUGCGCUCGGUUUUUAUCAUCAGCAAAGUGAUAGCGAUCGUGACAGCUAUGUCACGGUACACUAUGAGAAUAUAACUCCUGGGAAGGAAUUCAAUUUUGUUAAGUACAGCAGAACAAUUGUGACAGAUUUCAAUGUGGGUUACGAUUAUGAUAGUUGUCUGCAUUAUCGGUCUCGUGCUUUUUCGGCAAAUGGAAAAGAUACUAUAAUACCGUUGGAUUCUACGGCACGCAUUGGUCAGAGGGAAUAUUUAAGUGAAAAAGAUGUAGCUAAGAUUAAUAUUAUGUACAAGUGUCCUAUAUUGAUUUGAUGUUGAGGGCAUAUUUAGUUCUACGCAUGAUAAAAACAUAACAAGGUAAAACCAUUGAGAGGCAGUCUGACAUUUACCAACAAUAUAAUUUUAA